UGUGUAUUAUAGUUUAAAUUUACUCAUUCUAAACUCCUUGAAGGUACUGGUCGAGUAGUACAAAGCUGUGAUCAAUCGUAAAAUUGUUAUUAUUUUAAUUAAUCCCAAAGAAAAGUGACAUCUAAGGAAACUACGUGUACACCAUGAAGUCCCUUGCUUACUUCGCUUGCUUUGCCGUUCUUGUUACAGGUUGUAUGACGAUGCCCCAGACAAGCAGCGUUGCUCAGUUUGGCGUAAUGAUGGGAUGUCUUCUAGACAUAAGUACUGUAGAGGCUGGUCUAGACUACAAUGGAUACGGUUGUUACUGUGGCUACGGAGGUCAGGGUGUACCUCUUGAUGAUACCGAUAGGUGUUGUCAGACCCACGAUGACUGCUACUCAGUCGUACAGAACAGUGAUAUGUGCCGGAGUACCGACCAAGCCUACGUCAUUUCAUAUAACUACAACGCAUUGCAAUGUGGAACCUAUAGUGCACGAAUCGUUUGCUCUGAUGCAAGCAGCUAUGACGCAGAUUACGAGUACACAGACUGUGCCAUGGCUAUGUGUGCCUGCGACAAGGCUGGGGCGGAAUGCUUCCAACGUUACAGACCAACCUAUAACGACGGAUAUAAGAGCUAUGACAAGGAUAGCUGCUGAUAGACGCGUGUAUAUCUCUCGGAAUU